CUAGGACCCUCUGUCCCUCAAGGCAUCCUCCUCCACUAAAUCGCUCUCUCUCUCUCUCUCUCUCUCACACACACACACAGUUGAAGGUUUUGGGAGGAGGAAAGGGGUAGGCAAAGAUGAGCACGGGAACAAGCAUCUUUGUCGUCAGGUGGAUCAACUUUUUCACCAUGGUGCUGCUCAGGGGAUGUUGUUUUUACAUCUUUCCACCUGUGAUUUUUUUUGGGGCUUUGGAGGAACAAAUAACACAGAUUUUUAUGUUUUUAUCCUUAAUGCAAGAUACCUCUGCAUGGAGGUGCUGUACAUUUUAGAUUGGAAAAAAAUCUGUUAUCCUUGAAUUUUUUUUUUCUCUUGAAGUCGUCAUAAUUCAAAUCUUGUUUUAUAUAAGAGAGAAAUGACAAAUGGGACAGACGGAUUGAGGGCUCAGGCUGAUUUUCCGGAACAUGGCAAAGUGCACUAGAUAUUAGCAAUAGCAGUUAUUUGUUUUGGGAUAUGGAUGAGUACCCACCAUGAUGCAUGCCGAAGGACCUUAACGCUCCCUGUCAUGGGUCUUGGUGCUUUAAUCCUUCUAGUAUCCUUGAUUGGAUUCCUCGGAGCUUGGAAGAACAUCACCAUACUGCUGUGGGCGUAUCUCGUGAUUUUGUUCUUGAUUUUGGUGGCAAUUAUGGUGUUCACUGUGUUGGCGUUUAUCAUAACAAAUAAUGGAUCGGGUCAUGCUGUAGCUGGAUUGAGGUACAAGGAGUAUCAUCUUCAUGAUUAUAGUCCUUGGUUCUUGAAACAGCUCAAUAAUACUAAAAAUUGGAGACGCUUAAAGAGUUGCCUUGUGAAAACUGAGGACUGCAAUAAAUUGCCAAAAAAAUACAAGACUCUGAAAGAGUACAAGUUGGCAGAACUUACCCCGAUUGAGGCUGGUUGCUGUCGGCCACCAUCAGAGUGUGGAUACCCAACAGUAAAUGCUUCCUACUAUGACUUGAGCUAUCAUCCAGUGAGCGAUAACAAAGACUGCAAGCUUUAUAAAAAUGCACAUGAUGUUAAAUGCUAUGAUUGUGAUUCUUGCAAGGCUGGAGUUGCACAAUACAUGAAAAUUGAGUGGAGAGUGGUUGCAAUUUUUAAUGUGAUCCUGUUUGUCAUUUUGUCGGCUGUAUACUUUGUAGGUUGUUGUGCGAGGAGGAAUGCUGAGGGGAGUCGUUCUUCCAAAGUCAGAGGCAGAUAAUCUCUGUUUGUAGCUAUUCAUUGGAAGAUGUAGGGAUGGCUUCUUGAGAAGUUGACAAUGUGUAACUGUGCUUAUUAAGUGAAAGAAAUUGAAUUAUAUGAUCCUUAAGUUGUAGUGUCAGCCAAAAUUAAUUAAUUCUUUUCCUCCAUGCAUCUAUAUCAAUUAUGUAAUGAGUUUGAGUAUGAAUUUUGUGUCGUCAAAAUGAGCAUGUCCCAUGUAUUAUAUAUUCUUUAAAAUUAGGAAUUAUAGUUAUGUAAGAUAUGGUAUCUGGUUAUGCAAUGGAAUUUUAUAAGAGCAA